CGACAGGCCGUUGCUGUAACUCCUUACGCCCUUUCAUGGUUUUAAAAAGUCGUGAUCACAUCCCCUCGCCAAAUUCUCCCGUUCCCCUCUUUACCCAUCUCGUCUUACCGCCCAGCUCUGCCUCUCUUUUGAGGUUUGUUGCGCCUCCAACUCCCUCAGAGCGCAACUCCAGCCACUCCCGUCACGUUGUCGCCGGCUAGACCCCGCCCUCCACUGUCCGCGCCUAACCAGCCAGAAGCUGUGAAAGAGACCGGGACAAAUCCCCCAUCGCAAUCUUCAGCGACGCUUUGCAUAGACGCCCCUGAUAAACCACGAUCGACUCUGGUCGAAAGAUUCCUCUGUGCUGUCCUUUUUUUUUUUUUUUUUUUUUAUCAUCGCCAUCGACGUCCUUGAUUCUCAACGAUAGAAUCAAGGCUUCUCGCUACGGCCCGAAAUCCACGUCUGCCAGCGCUCGCAUCAUCUCGACGGCAGGCAAGGAUAAGACGCUUCACCUGAACUGCGUCUAUUCAAGCUUGGAUACCACGAGCAGCUCUUAGGACUGCUUGGCCGUAUCGAUAUUCUUUGCGGCCUGGUGCGGUGACUCCUCUGUUCUAAAUAUCGGAAGCCAUCCACCCGUUGUCAGUAACUACACGAUAAGACCAGUCCGAUUAAUUCUUCGGCUUCUGCAGCACCCAGCGAGCCUUCAAGUUUCCGAGCCUCUUUCGUCAACCGAGCUAAAUUUCGCGCUCUACUCUCCAGAAUGGCCGACCCAUUUGCUCCACGCUCUAUGAAGCGCAAGAACGUCAAAGGACUUGCACUCAAAGCGGCUGCCCCUCGACCCCCACCAACCGCCGAAACCAACCAUCAUGAGUACAGCGGAAGCCAAGAUGCAGGUAAAGAUGAACAGUUGGAGAUCGGUAUUGAAUACAAACUGGACCUAAGACCCGAGGAUCUCGAAAUUCUCAAGGAGUUGGGAUCUGGUAACGGUGGUACGGUCAGCAAAGUGAAGCACCUAACAACAGGAACUGUCAUGGCUCGCAAGGUUAUUCAUGUGGAGGCCAAGCGAGAAAUACGGAAGCGAAUCGUUCGAGAACUCCAGAUUAUGCACGGCUGCCACUCUGACUACAUCGUGACAUUCUACGGUGCUUUCUUGACCCCAAAUAACGAUGUUAUAAUGUGUAUGGAAUAUAUGGAUGUGGGUUCCCUUGAUCGAGUCUCGAGAGUUUUUGGCCCCGUCCGAGUCGAUGUUCUGGGUAAAAUUGCAGAAGCAACUCUUGGUGGUCUGACAUACCUCUACACAAAGCACCACAUCAUGCAUCGUGAUAUUAAGCCAUCCAAUAUUCUCGUUAACUCGAGGGGUUCGAUCAAGCUUUGCGAUUUCGGUGUUUCUGGCGAGCUUGUCAAUUCUAUCGCUGACACCUUUGUCGGAACUUCCACUUACAUGGCACCCGAAAGAAUUCAGGGUGAGAAGUAUACCGUCAAGUCAGAUGUCUGGAGUUUUGGUCUGAGUAUCAUGGAACUUGCUAUUGGCAAAUUUCCUUUUGCUGCCAGUGAGCAACUCUCAGAUGGCGAUUGCGCUCCCGCAGGUAUUCUGGAUUUGCUUCAACAGAUUGUCCACGAACCAGCCCCCAAGCUUCCAAAGAGCGAUGCUUUCCCUAGCAUUCUUGAUGAUAUGAUUCAGAAGUGUCUUUACAAGGAGCCUGAACGUCGACCAACCCCCCAGGAGCUAUUCGACCGUGACCACUUUGUACAAGCCGCCAAGCGUACACCAGUUGAUCUUAGAGAGUGGGCUGUCGGUAUGAUGGAGCGUGACAAUAGAAAAUCCCACCUAGCGCCUCAGCUCUCUCCUGCAACCCAGGAUCUUCUACGCUCAAGUGACUCGCCCACCCAGUCCCAGCAGACACAGGCAUCGGCCCAACCCGAAGAACGGUCUCACACUCCCACUUCUGGCGAGAUCCCAAUCGGCGGCGCUGGUAUUAUCUCUCCUCGUGAUCAGUAUGGCUCUAGCCAGAGCCGAUCACCGCCUCGCAACGUAUACCCUUCUUCACGCACACCAGCUUCGGCUCACCCCGGACUUGGACCCAGAGUUGUCACCACGAAUUCUAUUCCCAAGGUUUCAGGUUAUCCUGACAGUGCUGGUCCUGUGAGCGCGAACGCUGCUACCUUUAGCUUACCUGUUCGACCAGCACCGCCAGGCGGACCUCUUCCCCCUCCGCCACCUAGAAAAGAGACUCCCGAUGAGCUACGAAGGGAGAACCGCAGACAGGCAGCGUUUGGGUUACCACCUAACCCUGGAUACAAUGUAUCUUAAGGCUAUGUUAUUCGAAUUGUUCCCUGAAGCUGCAUCUCCCGGGACAACCUUGCCGAAAAUAUUGGGACAGCGGCUUAACCCUGAAGAUCAUUUAGCAUAUCUCGGCGCACUGUUUUGAAACCUGCGGUGGUCUCUGGCUAGAUCACCACAUUUAAAUCACUUCAUAUACCUUCUUCAAAUUCCAAGGACCUGGUUUAGAUUUGAGGAGGCGAAGAUCUCUUGAUCUUGAUACCCGAGAGUCUACCUGCUGUGUCUAGUGUGGAGGAGAAUCAUGUACAGAAACCGGGACCAUAUAGGAAACCUAAAUUAAAUCAAUUCGUGGUUGAUUUGGCACCGUGAGAUCAAAAUCCGGCGAAAGGGGUGACAAGUUGUGAUUAACAUCUGGGAACUGACAAGGGCUCGUGUCGACUUCUUGCUAUUCCGGACCGGCGUCUCUCCCCACAAAGCCUUGUUCAAGGAUAUCAACGAGCUCAUCCAGCGUAGUAAUGACCAGAUCAGUAUGGGCAUGUUCAGCCAAUGCUCGAUUCACAUCAUUCACGAGCAAUACAGUAGCCGCGCCAGCCUUUCUGCCUGCGGUCAUGUCGUCGAUAGAGUCGCCCACCAUGAUAAGACCACUGGCGUCACCCUCGCCAGAUUCGCCGUGUAAGCCCCAAUUCUUAGCGAUGUGCAGGAUACCCGCAGGGUCAGGCUUGGGUGGACGGAAGUCUCGCGUCACGAUGGGAUGAAAGCGAGAGCCUUCGAGAAACUUCUCCAUAAGGUUUUGAACAGGGACAUCAAAGUUGCGGGUGCAUAUCGCCUUGGGGAUGGCAUUGGCGUCGAGGUACGCCAUCAGAGUCAUCAGACCUGGUUGAGGGGUCUGGGCCUUCAUGGCUUCGCGCUCAAUAUUGCGUAUAGACUCAAGAGCAGUCCCUUGUUCUGAUUUAGGGAGAGUAUCGAUGUGCUCGAGUAUGUCUGUUGUUUUUGUAAUUCCUAAAACAUCUCUCAUUUCCUUGAACAUGUACGUUUGAGGUUCGCUAUAUACUGGAUUAGCGAUGUAUUCGUUGCGCCCACUCCUCUUAACAUGUUGAGAAUAGUACAAAUGCAAAGAUGAACCAUCUUCUAUUUGUUUCAACCACAUCGGAUAGCGGAACAAAGAAUAUCAUCGAGCAUUUGUUUGUACAAGAUAUGUGAGUCAAGGUCAUGUGCGGGAGACCUCCGAGCCAUAAAAUAAGAGUAGAGUGAGACUGUGAGUGCAGGUCUUACCAAAGGGUACCAUCCAUGUCAAAGACCACUCCUCGAAGUCUGGGGGUGUCGGCAGGAAAGCUAUGCUUGCCCUUCUUCAAUGGUAUGAAUCGUUUCGGAUGUGGUGAAUUCAUGAUCGAGACCAAACGGCGUAGCAUAGAACUGAGCCUGAGGCACCUUGAAGAACGGUAGAAGAAGGUUGCUAUGGAGAACUGUAUGCAAUUAUAUGGAGGUACUGGAAUAUCCCUCUUUGUGCUUUUCUCUGAUGGAUGAUGAAAAUGAGAUCAGUGUAGUUGACAAUGGUAAUGAGUGCUUUGGCUCAGAGAUGACGCUCUUGUUUUGGUGGGGACAGAGAGAAUUCGGGGCUAAGAGUCUCUUAGGUUACCUUACCUGUUCCAAGACUUACACCUCCAGCUAGUUACCGAAGGUCUCGGAUACAUAUACCUAUAUUGCAGCACAAUUGAUAGCAACAGAUGCCAUUGCACCAUUUGGGCAACAAACCGCUUAACAACACUAAGUUGGGUACUGAGGCAGGCAU